GGGCCUCUCCGGCCUCCCCGAGGGCCGCACCCUCCCUCGACCUAGUUAAAGGCUCCCGCCGGCGGCGCCCUUCCGCUGAAAGGAAAUACCCUGCCCCCAGGCCAGAGGGGUCUGGGGGCCCCAUCUCACUGAAAGCACAGGUGGGGGUGGGGUAGGAUUUGGGCCCUGCUGGAGGGGAAAUGUGUAAGGGGCUGGUAGGGCCCCUCCCGGCCCCUUCCCAGCUUGGCCUAUGCACAAGGGGGAGGGAAGCUGGUCCCACUGCCCCAGCCACUGCACCCUUUCUGCCCAGGAUCCUAAAGUGGGGAGCUCUGAGUGUAAAUGUUGGGGCCCCUGCAAUGGAGGAGCCUGGGCAAGGAGAGGCCCCUCAUGGGGCCACCACAUGGGAGUCAGCAGCACCUGUCUCCCAGGCUCUCCUCCUGCUGCUGGGUGUCCAGGGCCAGGGCAGCACUCUUGGCCCCAGGUGUGACUGUGCCAGUGACUCCCAGAAGAGGUAUGGCCAGUUUUGUUGCAGGGGCUGUCCAGUGGGGCACUACUUGAAGGCUUACUGUACAGAGCCCUGUGGCAACUCCACCUGCAUUCCGUGUCCUCAGGGCACCUUCUUGGCCAGGGAAAACCACUCUCAGACUCGAUGUAUCCGCUGCCAGACCUGUGAUGAGGAGGCCUCCCAGGUGGCCCUGGAGAAUUGCUCAGCAGUGGCAGACACACAGUGCGGCUGUGAGCUGGGCUGGUUCAUGGACUGCUUAGCUAAGCCCUGCAGGGAAAAUUCACCCUUCCGCUGCCUUCAGUGCAAAAACUAUGAGGUCCUGAGCUCCCCCACACAGCUGCCCUUUUCUGGCAGAGACAACAGAUGUGUACACUGUCUACCUGGCUUCUAUGAACAUGGUGGUAGCUGCAUGUCCUGUCCCACCUCCCUUCCCCUUACAGGAGUGUCUUCGGGAACUGUCCAGAGCCUUGUGCUGCCAUCUGUGGCUGGAGGCAGAGUAGGUGUGUUCUGGGUGCAGGUGCUUGUGGCUGGUCUAAUUGUCCCACUCUCGCUCGGGGCUGCCCUGAUCUACACAUAUCGCUGCUGCCAGCCUCACAAGCCUAUGAUUCCUGCAGACACAGCUGGGACAGAGCCCCUGACUCCACCACAGUCCACCCACUUCUCACCCUCGGACAGCGCCCACACUUUUCUGAUGCCCCCUGGCAGCAGUGGGAAGGUCUGCACUGUCCAGUUGGUAGCCAACAACUGGACUCCUGGCUCCCCCCAGACCCAGGAGAUGCCCACACAGUCCUGGGACCAGCUGCCUGCUCUUGGCCCCCCAUUGGCAUCUCCACCAGCGCCCCCUGCAGGCUCGCAAGCCGCCAUGCUCCAGCCUGGCCCACAGCUCUACGACGUGAUGGACGCGGUUCCUGCACGGCGCUGGAAGGAGUUCGUGCGCACGCUGGGGCUGCGCGAGGCGGAGAUCGAGGCCGUGGAGGUGGAGAUCUGCCGCUUCCGUGACCAGCAAUACGAGAUGCUCAAACGCUGGCGCCAGCAGCAGCCCGCGGGGCUGGGCGCCGUCUACGCGGCCCUGGAGCGCAUGGGGCUGGAUGGCUGCGCCGAGGACUUGCGCAGCCGCCUGCAGCGUGGUCCUUGACGUGGGGGCCCACCGGCCUCUUUGGUGCUCUCUCGUAACCCUUUCAGAAGCUAUAAGUACGGUUACUUACG